GAUAAGAUUUCUUUAUACUGCGCAUGCGUGUCACAUUCAAAAUGUCUGCGCCCUUCAACAAGGUGGUAAAGGAACAACAUUUGUAUUACAAGCAUUAAUAAUUGGUUGCUAGAGAAUCUUUAGACAAUGUAUGACUGGGACAGGUUUAGUUAUUGUUACAGCGAUAUAGAUUUUUUUUAGAUAACAAGACAUAGCUAACGGAGGCAUUUGGCGGUUAGUUUUUUGAUUUCAAGAUUACAUAGUCAUGUCUAGCUAGCUAGAAACACUCAGUGAGUUGUUUAUUUUCUCAAAUGCUCUCAAAUGCUUUUGAAUUAUUGGGCUGAAAUGCAGCCCAAAUAUAUAUUAGGAUUUUGUGAUUCCACAUUUUAAAAAAUCCGGUUAGGUUAUGUUAGUCGUCUUCAACAGAAAUACCGCACAAACUGAUUGUGCUUGGUGAUGUAGCUAGCUAAGCCCGCAAAACAUUUUUUAAAACUUAAUCAAAAUAAAGCGCUACUUGUCGUAAUACAUAUAUGCCGGAUUGCCGAAUUAAAGAAUGCGUUUGUCAGAUACAUAAUAUAUCUUAAUAUAGCAAUUACAGUGGCAAACAUUUUGUUAAACAAUUAAAAAUAUAUAAAAUCAUAAAAAAUUGUAACGGAUUUUGGCCGACUGUUUAUUCCGAAUUUAAGGAACACGUGCCAAAGCCAAUUCAUAUCGGGAUAUGUUUAUUCUGCCACACAGUAAACUUUCCAAACAAAUUUGCUUACACAAUGGCUUACAGAAGACUCAAAAACCUCAUUUCGAAAGGAAAUGAGUGCGUCUUUAGUCUGUGGAUGCCUUGUUUGCAAAAAUCACCAAAUGUCAUCAGGCAAACUGUCAGCUCGCAUGAACACGCCAAUAACGACUGUGGAAGAACUACAAGAAGUCUUCACACUGGUACACCUUUGAUGGUGGCCAAGUUACUCUCUGUGGAUGAGCUUUUUGCCAAGAGGUCUCUGCAGGAAUACCUCAAGAAGAUGGAGACAGAGUACAGUGAUUGUUUGAGAGCAGUCAACAGCAAUGUGACAGAGGAGCAGUUCGGUGAGGACGAUCUGAGGGUCAAGAGGACCAAAGUGUCCCUGCUGGCUCCUCUUAUCCAAUGCAUCAGAGAGCUGGACACCAAACAAAAAGAGAUGGCUGAGACCGAGACACUCCUGAAAGAUGAAGACCCAGCCCUGCGAGAACUGGCUGAGCUGGAAAGUGAAGGAUGUUUGCAAGAUAUUCAACAUCUUAGACAAAAGAUCCUGGAUCUGUUGAUUCCUGAAGAAGAGGCGGAUCUGAGUGACCUUGUCCUGGAAGUUACAGCAGGUGUUGGGGGUCAGGAAGCCAUGCUGUUUACUGAUGAGGUGUUUGACAUGUACCAGGGCUACGCUCAGCACCACGGCUGGUCCUUCGACAUCCUGGAGCACAUGACCAGCGAAAUAGGUGGACUACGUCACGCCUCGGCCAGCAUCAGCGGCCCUCAGAGCUACAAGAGGAUGAAGUUUGAGUCUGGAGUCCAUCGAGUUCAGCGGGUUCCCAAGACUGAAAAACAGAGCAGAAUGCACACCAGCACCAUGACUGUGGCUGUACUGCCCCAACCCACGGAGAUCUCUUUCACUAUUAACCCAAAGGACCUGAGGAUAGAAACGAAGAGAGCGAGUGGAGCUGGAGGUCAACAUGUCAACACCACAGACAGUGCAGUCAGAAUAGUCCAUCUGCCUACAGGCGUGGUUGCAGAGUGCCAGCAGGAACGGUCACAGAUAAAGAAUAAGGAGAAAGCCAUGAAGGCUCUGAGAGCAAAACUGUACAGCAUGAAGCUAGAGGAGGAGACUAGCAAACGCUACAACCAGCGUAAAAUACAGAUUGGCACCAAAGGCAGAUCAGAGAAGAUUCGAACCUACAACUUUGCCCAGGACCGUAUAACAGACCACCGAAUCGGCAUGACAGUGCACGACAUUAAGAGCUUCCUGUUGGGAGAGGAUCUACUGGACGAGAUGAACUCCGCGCUACAGGAAUUCUCCAACCAGGAGAUGCUCGCAGAACUGCUCGGAGAAAACAACCAGGACAGCUGAUGAAUUUGGAUCUGACAAAUAUGGAUUGUGAUAGAAUGGAAACUUCUUGCUACAUGUUUUAGCAAAGCAUGCUAAACACUGUAGCAUUGGUAAUUCCUAUGCCGCUUCAAAUCCUGCAAGAAAAACUGAGAUAAAGGACCAUGAUGGAUUAAAAGGGUGACCAAAUCUUAAUGCUUCCGCCAAACAAAACAAGUAUAGCCACUUUAAUGUCUGUACGCAUGUCCAGGGUGUGACAGUGACAGCAAUGUCAGCACAAACACAAAAGUGGUUAAUAAAAUGACCCAACUAUGGAGUGAUCCGAACACAUGAUCUGUAA